AUACAUGGUCAGGGGCAGACUGACAACUCAUGGGGCCUCCGGGCAAUAGUGGAUCAUGGGGCCCCUGUGUCCUUGCCUAAACUCAAAAAAGCCUAUGAAAAAGGUACCAGGGGCAUCUCAUGGGGCCCCCUACUGACCUCGGGCCCUCGUGCAGUGCCCGAGUUUCCAAAUGGUCAGUCUGCCCCUGCCCCAGACAUUACAAAAUCUGAGCUGGCAUCACUCAGACCAGGUAAUGAACAGAUCUGUUUCAACACAAUAAACAUACUAUGGUCAACAGAUUACUCUGGUGUGUAA